AUGAGUAUAACAACUAAUUCAUUGAAAUCUUUAAAGUUCACUAAUUCAGAACUAGAAAAUAUUUUAGAAAAUUUUGGAGACGGUUCUUAUCCAACAUAUAUGCAGAAUGUGAAAGAGUUUUCCAGAUUGUUGAAUGAAUUUAAAUAUAACGGACCAAUUACUAAAAAGGCUAUAAUGAGAUAUUUAUAUCCCAAAAAAGUUGAAAAACAGGAAAAUAUUCCUCUUUAUGGUCCAGAGAGCCUUGAAACACCUCCUGAAUAUUUUGAAGAAAAAAUUAAACAAGAUGAAUAUUAUAACGAUGAGAUUGAGAAAUUGGAAAAAAUAAGAGAUGAAAUAGAUGAAAAAAUUAAGGAAUUAAGAGAAGUUGAAAAUGAAGUAGAGGGUUUAAUGAAUAUCCCAGCUUCAGAAUCAGCAGUUCAGAAAUCUCAUGAAGAAAGAUAUAAAAAUUACUUUUUGGAAUCUACUAAAAAUUUAUUAGAUGGCGAAAUAGAUGAAACACUUUCAGAAGAAGGCACAAAAUUUAUUCAUAAACAUAAGUUACAAUUUAUUGACGAUGGAGAUUAUUCAUGUAUAUUACUUUCACCUCCUCUUGAUUCUGAAAAAUUCAAAAAAGCACUGAAAAAUGUAACAUAUGCAACUAAUACGAUUAAGAAAGAAGACCAUGAUAUUUACACAAAUUAUUAUUUAAAUAAAUGUACAGGUGUUGAUAAAGUUUUUGAUUUGUUAGAUAAAAUAUCAAAAGAAACAAUUGGAACCUAUAAAAUUUUAUGUGAUUGUGGUUUCAUUAUUGAAGAUACCAAUAAUGUUUCAUAUGAAAGAAACUAA